CUGUCGAAAAACUUUUCUUAAAAAAAUCAUAUAAAAUAAAAAACAAAAAUCAUUGUUGGUAGUUUCUGAGAAAGACACAGCGAGAAAUAGAGAAGACAAAACCUAAAACAACCUGAAAAGUAGGUUUUGUGCUAUCAUCAAGCCUCUCUUAUGGCGGGACCAUCAUGGCUGGUGGACAAAAGUAGAAUUGCAACCAAAAUAAAAAGUGCAUCGGGAGCAUGUGAUCCGGAAAAUGUUACAUGGAAAAGCAAUCCUACAAAGGCUUGCCCAAAUUGUCAGCAUACUAUUGACAAUAGUGAUGUUGUAAAAGAGUGGCCUGGCUUGCCAAAAGGUGUCAAAUUUGAUCCAUCUGAUCAGGAGGUAAUUUGGCACUUGCUUGCAAAAUGUGGUGUUGGAAAUUCAAAACCUCAUCCUUUCGUUGAUGAGUUUAUUAUUACUCUUGAAGUGAAUGAUGGAAUUUGUUACACUCAUCCUCAAAACUUGCCAGGUGUUAAGCAAGAUGGAAAUGCAUCCCACUUCUUCCACAGAGCAAUUAAGGCUUAUAAUACUGGCACUCGAAAACGCCGAAAAAUACAUGAUCAGGAUUUUGGUGACGUCCGCUGGCACAAAACUGGAAGAACUAAGCCAGUAAUCUUGAAUGGGGUUCAAAAAGGCUGUAAAAAGAUUAUGGUUCUGUAUAUGAGUAGUGCAGGAGGAGGAAAAGCUGAGAAAACUAAUUGGGUUAUGCAUCAAUAUCAUCUAGGAACAGAAGAGGAUGAAAAGGAUGGUGAGUUUGUUAUCUCCAAAGUGUUUUACCAACAGCAGCAAGUCAAACUGGGUGAUAAGGAUGAACAAGAUAUUCCUGAAGCUAUUGAAGCAACAAUCGCAAAAGUGGAUCCGGUUACUCCCAAAUCUGUGACUCCUGAGCCUCCUUAUACUGAAAGGCUGUAUUCAGAUGUAGAUCUAGGACAAGACACACCCGCCAUUCCUCAGCCUCCUCAGAUGAAUUGUCUGGAUGAAAUUCAACCUUAUUGUGAAGAGCAAGCAAAAGAUGAUCUAUCCAUGGUAGAAACUGAACGUAAUGAAGGGAAAGAUAAUAAUGAAAAUAAUGCUGAUGAUGGUCAAAAAUGGUGCGAAGGGACAGAUAAUAAUGAAAAUAAUGCUGAUGAGGGCCAAAAAUGGUGGGAUAGUGAAUCACAAAAUCUGUUGGAUUCACAACAAUUGGUUGACGCAUUGUCCUUGUGUGAUGAUUUACUUCGUAGCCAGUCUCCCACUAGAGACGGUAAAGAUGAAGAACAAAAGAACCAACCCAGCCUUUCUAUUUAUGCUCAGCUAGGACCCGAGCAUCUGAAGAAGGAUAUCGAAGACUGUCAAAAUCUCGUCCUUGAGCCUUCAAAUGUAGAGUCAAAUGUAGAGAAUGACACACCUUCGGAGUUUCGACUAAGUCAAUUGGAAUUUGGCUCACAAGAUAGCUUUAUAGCAUUUGGUUACAACAAGGUAGUAAAGUAAUAUGGUUCUUCACCUCAGCUGAGAUGCAGAUUUCUUGUAACUAUAAGUUGUGGGUAAGCUGACUCGUUAUUGUUAAAAUCUCAGGCGAACCUAACUGUUGCUUCUUUGUUUGACAACUUGGGCUGUAAUUUUUGGCAGUGAACAAGAGCUUGAUACUUGUUCAACUUGUGCUGCAACACUUCAAGCAUAUUAUCUUUUUUUUUGGCUUAUUGAAGUUUGACUAAUUGUGAUGUUACUGCAACACUUUUUUUGGGCUUAUUGAAGUUUGACUAAUUGUGAUGUUUCAA